CCCGUGGAUUUGUAGAUGGGAACUACGCCGUCGGUGACGGGCAGAGAGACGUAGAGUCUGCCUGGGUAUCUACCUACUGGGAUACCUGCUUGUCAGUAUCAACGACGACGUUGGGGAAACAGAGGUGGUCGUGCGUGCUGGUGCGUGGGAGUAAAGUGGGCCGGCUAUGCGGCGUGCAGGGACUGACCGCCAAAGACAGCAGAGUAGGAAGGUCUUUUAUGCUAUCCAGCUACUCUCUCGUUGAAGAGUGCAACUUCUUGGGAGUAUGUCUAUACAUACAUAUGUACUCACAGCAAUCGCCUCUUGUGAGACACAUGAUUUGUAGCUCUUACUCAUACAUAUGUGCACUCACUAUUAUUAUUAGGCCCGAAGGUCUGACUCUAUGUACAGUGACUGCAGUCGUAGAUAUAUCAUCAGCUCGCCACAUUUUCCUACGCUGUUACGCCUGUAUACGCCCAGGAAAUGUCCUUUUUCAAUCGUGAUGAAACUCAUGUUGAUGUUGUCUAAACAAAAAAAAAGGCAAUAUGAAAUUAUUAACUUUAGGGCUCCCGAUACGGGGAAUAAAUAGAGUGCAAAAGCAUGCACGGUACCGGUCGUCCCCUAACCAAACCAUCUGGCCUGAGCGAGACAAAUCAGCACCGAACCCCCCCUGUAAACCUCCGCGCCUCCGCCGCCGUCUGUUUGGACCUCACUCGACCCUCUCCCUCCCCCAGACCCUUCCGCCAACUCCCGUCGUUGUUGUCUUCAAUCGAACAAGACUUCCUUCGUCCUUUGACAUGUCUCUCGUUUAAACUGGCCGACAAAGCACAAUAGCAAGCGCGUUACAAGCGAACCCCCGAGUUCCGGGGGGAUAUACCUGUCCCAUCCAAUCCCUACUUACUCAGGUCCUCGAGAAGACGCGAAAAUAAAUCACCGCACACAUAUCUUUACGUUUCGCACGCCAUUCUUCCUUUUUUUCCUUUCGCGCCGCGCCGCUCAAAAAUAAAACAACAAAAAAAGAAAGAACGCCCUCCAGUAACAUACCCAGACCAACACCGCCGCCUAGCGCGGCAGCGCAGCGCAACACCAGGCAACUCACCCAACCUCCACUCCACCGCCAAAAUGUCAAGCCUCACGCACAUCCUCAAGGCGCUCUUCAUACCCCUAACAAUCUCCCUCGCCCUCUACACGCUCCUAAUCCACCUGCUCCUCCCCUUCCUCCGCCGAAACCGCCAACUCUACACCUCCUACCUCCCCCUUUCCUCAACAACAUCAACAACGCCAACAUUCCCUCUCUCCUCUUCUUCCAAUGCUAGUGCGACAACGCCAUCAACGCUGCGCACCGCGCUUAUAAACCUCUUACUCCCCGCUGCGCUGCGACGUCGGUUCCAGAGAAGAACGGACACGCAGGCGGAGGACGCGGAUAGUUUGUUUGACGAUGAGGAGGGCGAGGGGAUGAUUGGGUUUGAUGACCCCGUUAGUGAGAGGAGGAGGGAGGCGUUGGAGCAGAGGAGGAGUGUGGGGGGGUUUGAGGGUGCAGUCGGGUUUAU